AUGGAAGGACUUUACUUUAAUAUUGAUUAUGGGUAUAUCGAAGGUGUUGUUAGAGGAUACAAAAGUGGUCUUUUAACUACCAAUCAAUACGUCAAUUUAACUCAAUGUGAUAAUUUAGAAGAUUUGAAAUUACAAUUAUCAUCAACUGACUAUGGAAAUUUUUUGGCCAAUUAUUCUGGACCUUUAAGUACUAGUGUUAUUCAAGACAAUUUAACUAAAAAAUCAUUUCAACAAUAUCAAUACAUUCAAAGCCAAUCAAGUGGUAAAUUAACCAAAUUUAUGGAUUUUAUAAGUUAUGGUUAUAUGAUUGAUAAUGUUAUUUUAAUGAUAACUGGUACUUUACAUGAAAGAGACAAGCUGGAAAUCUUGAGAAAAUGUAACCCGUUAGGUUGGUUUGAUACUUUACCUACAUUAUCAAUUGCUACUGAUAUUGAAAGUUUAUAUCUGACUGUUUUAAUUGAUACUCCAUUGGCUCCAUUUUUUAAGAAUUGUGUUAGUGCUGAUGAUUUAGAUGAUUUAAAUAUUGAAAUUAUUAGAAAUAGAUUAUAUAAGAAUUAUUUGGAAGCAUUUGUUGAAUGGUGUGAUCAAAAUUUGGAUGGACCAGAUAAAGAAAUUAUGGAAAGAUUAUUAACUUUAGAAGCUGAUAAAAGAGUUAUUAAUAUUGCUUUGAAUUCUUUAAAUAAUCCAGAUUUGACUCCUGAAGAUAAAUUAUCCUUAUUCCCAAAUUAUGGUAAAUUAUAUCCAACUUAUCAUAUUGAAUUAUCCCAAGUUGAUGAUGCUGAACAAUUGAAAGCUAUUGUUGAACUUGUCGGUGAAUAUAAGGAUGUUUUCAGUGAAACUAAUGAACAAUUGAAAAGUUUAGGUGAUUGGUUCUAUUAUUUGGAAAUGCAAUUAUGUAGAAAUGCAUUCACUCAACAAUUCACUUUAUCUACUAUUUAUGCUUGGUUGAAAUCUAAAGAACAAGAAAUUAGAAAUAUCACUUGGAUUGCUGAAUGUAUUGCUCAAAACCAAAAGAAUAGAAUUGAAAGCUACAUUGCUGUUUAUUAA